CCCAGUUUUUGUUGAUACCGGCGAUUUUCCAACCUGUUUCCUCGGAACCAAUUAUUUAGAGUCCUUCAACAUUGCUUUUAAUAUUGUAUUCAUCAUGACAAAUGCUCUAACGUUUGGAGUUGGUUUUCUAAUAUUUUCUCUCGGAACUGAAGUGGCAUGGCAAUUGUGGAAAAAAUACUUUCGCAAAAAUGGAAACAGUAACAAUGAGACAAUUACUGAAGCACUAAUCUUCAAUUGUGAAAGUGCUCAAUGUCGAGAGCACGCAAUGAGACAGGUAUCUUGUGAGAUACCACAUUGCCCUGGGAGAAACAUCAAAAAGUUAGUACACUUUUUUGACUCUGCCAAAAAAACAUUGGACGUCUGCAUCUACAUUCUCACAUAUAAAGACAUCUCAGACGCAAUUAUUCGAGCGCAUAAAAGAGAUAUCACCAUCAGGUUGAUUGUAGACUCAGGAAUGUCAGAGACCAGUGGUUGCUCCACUCAAUUAACUCGUAUCAGACGAGCAGGAAUAAAAAUCCGUAUGCAUCGUUCCACAGUCAGUCUUAUGCACCACAAAUUCGCCAUAAUAGACGAAGAAUUAAUGAUCCUUGGCAGUUCAAAUUGGACUAUGCAAGCAUUCUUCGGCAACUAUGACGCUAGCCUGAUAACGAAUCAAACAGAAUUAGUCCGUGUAUUUUCAUCCGAAUUCAACAGAAUGUGGAGUACGAUGGACGUGACAGAUCUACCAUCUCAGUCCUGAUUAGAAAUCAUCUGAAAAUAGCGUUCAAUUUUUAAACAGAGUCUAACAUGGGUCAGUGAGAUAAAGAUCUCCCUCCAUCAGUAUUUUAAUAGCAAUACAAAUUCGGGAGUAUUAUAACUCGAUGCAUCAUAACUCUGGGACGUUUCUUACAGCUUUUCAAAGUGUUUCCUAACGUUGUAAAAAAAAAUAAACGUGUUACUAUGAUUCAUAAAAAUAUAAUGUACUAAGAUAAAAAUAUAAU